AUGUCUCAGCAUAACCCAUCAGCAUAUGAUAUCCAUGUCGCAUUCUGUCGAGCACGAUAUGGGCUCGCAUCGCACUGGGUCAUCCUCCUUUCGCACCCCGGCUCGUCACUUUGCACAUGGUACCACGUAGCUGGAGGACCAGCACAGAAUAGACCAUAUGAAUUCGAGGUCAAAGAAACACAACGCCUGAACCAUCCUGAUUUUACGGAAAAGAUAUGGAUCUCCGGUAUACCCGCGGACUACGCCUCAGAACUGGAAGAGAUAGCCGAGACUGUUCCAUUGCAAGAGUCCCAGAACUGGACCAUUCGGGUUGUUCGGGCUCUUGAGCAAGGAGGAAUGGUUUCCACAGGUACCAGUGCUCGCUUGCUCAAGCCGUACGUCGGUACUUAA